UGUGGCCCAUGCAGGGAUUGUGGACAUUUUUGUGUGUGUGUAAACCGUCUCAAACUAAAUAAACAUGCCUUAAUUCACAUAUCAUAUGAAUUUGAGUUUAUGUUGGUCUCGCCAACGUCUUCUAUUGUAAAAGCACACGCUCCCCGCCGGCGCUACAGUACGUCGACGGCGCGAGCGCGAAGCCGAGCCGUUAACCGCUUGCGCGCGCGCACACACACACAAAUGUGCAAUAAUCCUACGGACUAUCGCGAGAGGGAUUCAUUUUAAAGUAUUAGGAAAUAAUAGGCGUGUCCCGUCGCAGCCCCUCAGCCACAGUUCUCUGACCGUUGAGAGUCGCUCAGCCCAGCGAGAAAUCGGCAGACAGACGUGAGUCCUGUAGUGUGGAAACGUCCGCGACGUACAGAGUGACGAUGACCAGCGCGCGGAGACCGCAGAACGCCGCCGAGCCCCGGGACAGCUUACAUGAGCUGCACAAGGAGGCCAUGAAGGCCUACUCCUUUGAGACGAGAAAUACGUCUCUUCUCGGCGGUCAGUCCCCAAAAGAGGUGGUUCUCACUGGUCAGUAUGUCGCUUUAAACGUUGAAAAUACGGAUGUAAAAAAGGAUGGAGAAACAAGUUCCCCUAUUCUUGAGAAUACGUUGACAGCAGUGUUGUCACCAAGCAAAGAUAUGACAAGACUUGUCAUGCUGUUUGGUCCAACCGGAGUUGGAAAAACCACUGCUGUUCAGAAGAUGCUGCUGGACUGGACAGGAGGAAAACACCUCCAGCAGUUUGGUUUUGUCUUCCCCUUUGCUUUCAGGCAACUCAAUGUACUGAAGCAGGAGAUGACUCUGGAAGAAUUGCUGCUGAAUCAGCAUGGACAUCUUGCUCCUGAGUCACUUGGUCUGAUUCUGCAAACACCCCAGUCCCUGCUCUUUGUGUUUGAUGGGCUGGAGCAGUACCAACAUCAGUUGGAUGUCCUGUCAGAUUCUGACAUCUGCUCUCAGCCAAACCAGGCUGCUCCUGUGCCUGUGCUGGUCAGCAGCCUGGUACAUGGGGCACUGCUACAGGGGGCUUCCAUUCUGGUAACAGCUAGAACGAGAUCUGAACUGAAUUCUUCUUCUGAAGUUGACUGUAAACAUGUGGAGGUCUCAGGAUUCUCUGUUGAUCAAAGAAAAAUAUACAUUGACCAGUUCUUCAAGAAUCCUGAAAAUGCAGAAAAGGCAUUUCAACAUAUUGAGCAGAAAAUUGGCUUCCAAGAUAUUUGCCGUCUCCCAGUCUUCUGUUGGAUCACGUGCACCGUGCUCAAGGCAGCACUGGAGGCUAGUCAGGAUCUUCCUGAAACAUUGACCCAGGUCUUUGUCUCUGCCUUUGUCAACCUUAUCCAUGCUCAUGCUCUGGGGAAAACUGCAGCCAGGGACCUGAUGUUAGGCCUUGGCAGAAUGGCAGCACACGGUCUGCAGAACAACGCAGUGGUAUCUUCCCAAAAGGAGAUGGCAGCCUUUGGACUGCAGCAGUUCUUAACUUCCCCAGUCCUCCUGGGCUUCUUGUCCUUUGAAGGGGAUCCUACUUCAGACAACUGCAUGUUUUCCUUCCGUCUCCCCGCAGUGCAGGACUUUCUUGUUGCUGUAUCCUAUUACUUGGACAUAUCAGAGGGAAAGAGCUUGGAGGAAGUGCUGGGGAGGCUGGAAGGACGUGCAGCACUUUUGAAAAUUUUUCUGUCUGGCCUCUCCAGUGCUUUGCAACGGAAACCACUGGAAGGUGUUGUUGGGGAGUUUAGCAGUGACCGCCACUCAGAAUUUACAGGCUGGCUUAGAAACAGCACAGAGGAAGCGUUCCAAAGCUGGUCCAAGGAGAGACGCCUGUGCAGCAUCCGCUUGCUCCAUCAGUGCCAAAACCAGCCACUAGUAAAGGAGAUCACAGCUAAGCUGGGCUGCAGCCUGGGUGCCUCCUUUGAAGAGUUAACUGUCUGGGAUGCUGUUGCUCUAAACUACGUUGUUAUGUGUUGUGGGAACCUACAGGAUCUCAAUCUCUAUGGCAACAGAAGUCUAACAGAGGAUAUUACGCAGCGCCUUGUGCCAGCAUUCAGCUACUCUCACAAGUUAAUGCUGUCCAGCUGCAUGCUGAGUGCUGAGUCUUUUGUCCAUCUGGCUUCAGCCCUUGUGAGAGGGACAACCGUAGAGGUAGAUCUCUCCUACUGUCGCACAAUGGAUGAUGCUGGUGCCAAAGCACUGUGUGUGGGGCUACGCCAGAGCAGCCUACAGAUACUGAGAUUGCCAUCGUGCGGAUUGACAGCGGCUUCCUGUGAUGAUCUGGCCUCUGUCCUCGCUCAAGAGUCAUCACAGUUGCGUUUGCUGGACCUGAGGGCAAAUAAACUGGAGGACGAGGGACUGAUCCAGUUGUGCCGGGGACUAAGCAGCCCUCACUGCAAGUUACAACAACUUGGGUUGGAUUUCUGUCACUUGGCUGGAGAGUCCAUGGGGGCCUUGUCCCAAGCCCUAUGCACUGGCCACUCUGAAAUAAGAUCGCUCAACUUGAACAGGAACAAUCUGACUGACGCGGGACUGGAAUCCCUAACACGCGUUCUACGUAAUUCAGAAAGCAAGCUGCAACAUCUGCUGCUGUCUGACUGUAAUCUGACAAAAGCAUGUUGCGAGGGGCUGGCUGAAGCUCUCCGGUCGGGAUGCUGUUCCCUCAUGGAGCUGGACCUGUCUUGUAGUGACCUAGAGGACUCUGGAGGUCUGAAACUUUGUGAGGCCUUGAAAACACACGGCUGCCCCUUGGAAGUACUGAGGUUGGUACGUUGCGAACUGGGCCAGGCCACCUUCCAGGAACUUGGCUCGAUAUUGCGCAGUGGGAGCUCAAAGCUGAAACAUCUGGAAGUGGGCCUGAACAAUGUGGGCGACGAGGGAGCUAAAUACCUGUGGGAGGCUUUGGCAGACAGCCGCUGCCGACUGGAGAUUCUGGAUAUGGAGAUGGUCACGCUGACAGACAACUCUCUGGAAGACAUUUGCUCUGCUCUGAGAGCAAACCACUGUUUGAAGGAACUUGUCCUCAAGAACAACGGGUUGACCGACACUUCUGUUCCAUCCCUGGUUCAGCUGAUGCAGGACAGUAGGACCAUGCAAGCAAUGAACCUCCAAUACAACGACUUCAGUGAAGACGUCUUUGAAACAAUGGAGAGUUGUGGGAAAAUUAAAUAUUAAAAGGAAAGUAAAAUAUAUUGUGGACCAGCACAGCCAAGGCAAACUCGAAAGGGAAUAGGCUGCAAAGACAAAAGUCCCAUUUUCAGUUUACUACCAGUUUUCAACGUACGUUCAUUAAGUACAUUUAUUUUUCUAAAACACGCAGCUCAAGUACUAUACGCAGGUAAUAUAAAAAGUUACAUGUAUUAAAGAUGGCAUUGACUCACAUGUGCUUGAAGAAAGGUACUUAAUAUCUAAUAUCCAACAAACGACUGAAGCAGUAAAAGAAUUAUCCUCAUAUGUAAUAAAGCAGCUAAAUAAAUUACUUUACAUGCUUA